UACGACGCACUCACAAUCCAGUCACGUCCUUCAAAACAAGCAUUGCGCUGACUAAGCACCUCCACUCUCUCCCUUUCGCCAAGUUUCCGACAGCUCAGCAUGUCUGGUAUUUGCAGGCCACGAUUAGCGGAGGAACGCAAGCAGUGGCGGAAGGACCACCCUUUCGGAUUCUUCGCCAAACCUUCGAAGGCGUCUGACGGCUCUAUGAAUCUCAUGGAAUGGGAAGUCGGGAUCCCAGGGAAAGCCGGUACUGCAUGGGACGGCGGGUUGUUCAAACUAACUAUGAUUUUUCCCGAAGAUUAUCCCUCAAAGCCACCCAAAUGCAAAUUUACGCCCCCGUUGUUCCACCCGAAUGUUUAUCCUUCUGGCACGGUUUGCUUGUCGAUCUUAGAUGAAGAAAAGUCGUGGAAACCAGCUAUCACGAUUAAACAGAUUUUACUAGGUAUCCAGGAUCUUCUUGAUGAUCCCAAUGUAAACGAUCCUGCACAGAGCGAGGCAUACACGAUGUUCAAGAACGAUAAGGUGGCCUACGAGAAGAAGAUCCGUCAACAAGCUAGGGAGAAUAUACCCAAGUAGCUUUUCAUCUUUGUUAAACACUGGCCACUGGGGCCAUGUGCGGUGUAUUUUUGUUUCUAGUUUAAUCAGUAUAACAGUCUAUCACUGUACUGUAACUUGUGCAAGCAUUCUGUGUACAACAACGCAAGCUGCAAGGCCGACGAUAC